UUCUCCUUCAAACGAAUAAUUCCGCUAAAUCAACAGGUGAGAAGAGGUCUUCCCACGCGAAAAAUGAUUUAAGGAACUGAAAUGCGGAAUGAGCUGCAGGUUGCUAUAAAACGGGGCGACUGUGGGCGUCCUCCAGUUAGAGUGGUCCUGAUAGCCCACCAAACGGUGAAAAUGAGAGUGCGAUCCGUUUCGGCAAUUUUUGCGAUUUCGGUUGUGUUGCUGUGGGUGCAUUCCGGUACUGCUGGCAAAACCAGCUCCAGUGCGAAAUGUGAAAAGUCAAUAACUUCCGCCAGUGGAACCAAAGCUGCCGCCGGCACUUACUGCACAGGAGAUUUAAUUUUCGAGGAUAGCUUCGACAGUUUUGAUUUGGACACUUGGCAGCACGAAAACACGCUGACAGGAAGCACCAAGUGGGAAUUCCAGUGGUUCACCAACAAUCGUUCGAACUCGUUCGUGAAGGAAGGAAACCUUUUUUUACGACCCACCCUGACUGUUGAUGAGUUCGGGGAAGCAUUCCUGCGCUCUGGUGUCCUGAACAUUCAAGGGGCAACACCGGCAGAGCAAUGUACCAGACAAAGCUUCCUAGGCUGUGAACGUACUGGAAGUCACUUCCAGAUACUGAACCCGGUCAAGAGUGCCAGCCUUCGGACGAUUGAAUCAUUUGCAUUCAAGUACGGGAAGGUUGAAAUCAGCGCUAAACUACCGGCUGGUGAUUGGCUGUGGCCAUCAGUUUGGUUUCUUCCCAAAUACAAUGCCUACGGGGUAUGGCCUGCUUCAGGGCAAAUCGAUCUUCUGGAAUCGAAGGGAAAUCGGGACUUGAUAAAAAAUGGAAUCAAUGUCGGUAUAGAGCAAGUUUGUUCGAAACUUCAGUUCGGACCGAACGCCGCCUUCAAUGAAGCGUCAACGGCAACGUUUACCCGAAACUCGGAAUCCGCCAAGGGAUAUCACACUGCGUUUCAUCGGUAUCAGAUGGAGUGGACUCCGGAUCACAUCACCUUUAGCAUCAACGACAUUGAAACGGGAACGGUGAAGAUCGGAACAGGGUUUUGGGCAAAAGGAAACUUCAACACCACCGCACCGGGGAUGGACAAUCCUUGGCGUUACGGUACCAUCAUGGCCCCGUUUGAUCAAGAAUUUUAUCUACGAAUUUCGUUGGCAGUCGGAGGCACGGAAUACUUCUCGGACGAAGGUAUCAAUCCGACCAAGAAACCCUGGACCAACGAGUCACCUCAUCCGAUGACGGAUUUCUGGAAUGCGAAAAACGAUUGGUUGCCAACAUGGAAGCUAGACGAAGGUGAAUCCAGGGAUGCCUCCAUGCAGGUGGAUUACGUGCGCGUGUGGGCGCUGUAGAUUUUGAUUUAAAAUAUGAUGUUUACCUUCAUCCAUUCUGAUAUUAGUUAAUAGUGAAUAAAAACG